CGCGACGUUCACGCCUCGUCGUAAACGCGCUCGAUCGAUCGAAAGACUUUAAACACGCCGAACGAAGGCGCGAACGAGUCCAACGAUGCUCGGCGCGCGCGCGACGUCGACGACGACGCAGCGAGUAACCCUAAGAGGCCACAUCGCGAAGAAUGCGCUCGCGACGCGCGCGGUGACGCCCGCGCGCGCGAAUCGAGGCGCGGUAAAUGUGACGAAGAGUAUGAACUUUGGACACGAGGACUUUUUCGACGUCGUGGGCACGGAGCGGGACUUGAUUUUGGAGGAAAGGUUUCCAGACGUGAAGGGCGCCGGGCGCGGGCUGACUAAGAAUCAAAUCGAAGCGCUCGGGUUGGCGGGAAGCGAGGCGAGAGAACGAUUCAGCGUGAAGGCGCUUGAUUUAGGCGCGCGUGCGGCGUACGCGAAGGAGAUGCCGAGCGACAAUAAUGAGCCGACGAGGUACAGAACGGUGAUGAGCGGGGCGACGAUGACGCACGGGGGUAUGGCGCCGGCGGGUGCGGUCGCACCGCCGGAUCUUCCGUCGCUGUUGUUGAACGCGCGCAUUUGUUACAUCGGUAUGUCGCUCGUGCCCGCGGUGACGGAGUUAGUCGUGGCGGAGUUGUUGUAUCUUGGAUACGAGCAGGCGGAAAAGCCGUGCUAUGUGUACAUCAACUCUGGGGGGUCGCUGAACGAGAAGGGCGAAGUUGUGGGGAUGGACAACGAGGCGUACGCUAUUUUGGACACCAUGCGUUACAUUCGACCGAAAAUUCACACCGUGGCUGUCGGGAAGUGCCACGGGAACGCGUCGUUGAUUUUGGCGGCGGGCGAUAAAGGAUGCAGACACGCGCUGCCGCACGUGCAAAUUUCCACGCAGCCGCCCAAGUUGAACCGCACGUUCGACUCGACGCAAAACGUUCAAAUCCGUGCCAACGAGUGCGCGCUGUACGAAGACACUUAUAUGGGUUUCAUGUCCGAGUUCUCUGGAAAGGACAUUGACGUAGUGCGCAAGGACCUCGACCGUACGCGUUACUUCACCCCGAACCAAGCGAUCGAGUACGGUUUAAUCGACAAGGUCAUCACCAAGGGCUUGAACGUGAUGGAAGCCCAAGAUUACGAGCGUUUGUUGGCGCAACAACAAGCACAAUACGAGUCGGCGGGUGUGCCGAUGCCGGGCCAAGAGCAGCAGCAAAACGAUCGCAGUUCGCACGCCGACAAGGGGACGGUGCGAAAGUAAACGUCCAUCAUGCAUGCGCGCGUUCUGGUAAUUUUAGAUUUAGAAGAAAGCUCAACAUUGUCAUACAAACGGUACGGA